CUGGACAAGCAGAUCUGCUUACCUGUUUCUACCAUUCGUGUCAUUGAGCCUGUGCAUUCCAGCCACGAACUACUGAAAGGGUCUUCUUCCUUACAGGGCAAUGAGGAUCAGAGAAAGGAUCCCAAAAAAGCAGAAUGUAAAUACUUGGGGAUAUUACUAGUUUCAUUCUGUGAUCAGGACACAGUGGAAUAUGUUAAUCUAACUGGAGAGGUGAGGAAUCAUGUGCGUAUAGCAGGAAUGUUGUUGUUGAACUGACAAAUUCUGAUUGAUUGGGUUGCCUUACCUACCUUGGUCACCUUGAAAUUUGGGUUUAAAAUAAUAAAAGCCAGCACCUAUUUUUUUUUUUCUUAAACAAAAAGGAAGCCUAUUUUGGUUAGGCUUUGUUUCCAAGAGCUCCCCUCACCUGUGAAUAUUUCACCACCACCUGGUUUGGUACCAUCCUUUUCGUUGAGGUGCUUUUUGAUACUGAACUUCCUUAAAAUACAGUGCCUUCUCAGACAGCAAGUGUAUGGUGGAGAAAGCAAAGUUGACAUGAUGCAGCUUACACCAAUCUUUAAGCGUUUAAAAAGCUGAGUCCCUGCCAGGUGUCUUGGUCUGGACACUUACAGUGCAAGGCGUGUUCCACCUGUUAUUUAGCAGGUAAAUUAUUUUGUUUCCAUUGACUAGGACAGUGAAGCUGUUCUUACACUGGCUUUCACCUGAUUCUGAUAAAAUUUCUUGAAAUAGCCAUUACUAGAAAUAUUUCUACAGCCUUUAUUGAAGCUCUUGAAAUCCCAAGCAGAUGACAACUCCCCGUUAUCUUGUGAAUGCCAACAGCCAGGCCUGGGCUGCGGCCUCUCCUGCAAAUGUAGAUCCCAUGUUGGGCUUCAACAGUGUUAUUCUUUCUCUUGCCAGUGAAACCUCAUUCCUAGUCCACAGAUCCGUCUGUCUCAUGACCCAGAGCCACAUGAGUCCUUAAGAAAUUUACAUUUUUCAGGAAGUCUUGCCAAAUUCUACAUGGCUGGGAAGAUCUUUUCUGUUUUUAUUAAACCACAUGUAGUAUGGACUCUUUUCCAACUAAAUCAGCAGAAAUAAAACAGACUUGCCACAAAUGACAUUCCUUUCUCAAAGGCAGUAGGUUCUAUUACUUGUGGUGUUGCGUCACUUACUAGAACUAAUAUACUUCUGACCUUAAAGGUAUUUUAAAAAACAAAGGAAUGAAGAACUGUGCCAUAGGAGCAUUGGGGAUAAUUCAUCUGAGAAGUACUAAAUGAAUUUUAGACUCCUCUUCUUAUUGGUAGUUUAACAUCAUCCAAUGACAGUGUUGCUAUCCAGCACUUAACUGUAUAAUAUGGAACAGAGAUUCUUGUUUAUGCCUUGUCGGUCCCUUAAGGUGUGCCAUAGAUAUUAAAAAAUUGUUGUUUCUGUACAGGUAGAUAGCUACUUUCAAUACACCACUCAAGUCAGUCGCAAUACAAGAGCAGUUCAGCAAUUAUGAUGACCGUGAGCCGUGCACCUGCUCCUGCAACCCAUGCCCACCGUUUUCUAGUUUAAAAUGGGUAAUUCACUUUUCUUUUUAAAAAAAAAACCCAAAAGUUAUGGUCUGGAACCUUUUCUGCCAACUGCCUGCACAAAGCAGGAUUGUGCUCGUAAUUUUGAUUUGUUAACAUCUGAAGGGCACGCACUGGGCUUGUCCCUCAGGUCCAGCACAGCUGCCAGGUGAGUCCCGCUGUCCUGUGGACAUUGCCCCUCACCUCCCCCUGUGCUGGGCUCUGCACCAGAGGCUGGGCUACCAGCGCAGCUCUGCAUGGGUGGGCUCUGCAAUGGGAAAAGGCGAGGGAGAACAAGAGUAGCAUAUAAAUCAGCUGAAAUUAAUUAUGAAAUAGUUUUAUAGUUUUAGCUUUUCUUAGGUGGGUAGCAAUCCAGUGUCCAGGUCACCAGUGCCAACAAAUCUCGACACUAUGUUAGGGGGCAAAUGCUGUUUUGGCUUGAGCCCUUGAUUAGUCAGAAUAAGGUCAGUUCUUAAACAAAACAAAGCAAAAAAAGGCAAAAAAAAAAAAAAAAGCAAGGAGGGUAUAUAGUGCUUUGGCUUAGAAGUAAACAACAACCAACCUUCAUUUACAUUACUAGCUGACCUGUGCUAUGAUCUACAGAAUGCUUAAAAAAUUUUAAUAGUGCAGUUUUUAAGUACAAAGGAGUUAUUUCCAGUGGCAUGUUUUGCUUUUGUUUGCCUUUCUAACCAAGAAGAACCAGCUUUCCUGCUUGUUGCUGGCCUACUAUCAACUUGCUCUGCAACAACAUAAUCAACUAACUUGCAAAAAAUAUCCAUGUUCAUCACAUAGCACAGAUAGAAGACAGGCUGGGAAGAAAUACAGAACAAAAAAAUAAACGGAAUUUAUUUUCUCAGGGUUCUGUUUUUCUAGCAAGUGAUAAGGUGGUAUAGAUAUUGCAGAUUUUUUUGUUUUUCUGGAUGAGGUUUUUAGGUGUAGGGUACACUAAUUUCAUUUCACAGCUGUUUAAAGUUGUUCCUGAAGUUCACCUCAGCAGUAGCUUUCAAAAACACUUUGAAAAAAUAAUCAGUUUAAAGCUAAUUUAAUUAAUUUCAUGAGAGGGCUGUGGAGUGUAACUGCUUCUUAAUGCAUAUGCACUGCAUAGAAGAAUUUGCUGUGGAUUCUUUAAAACCUGUGUACCAGUUAUUUCAGUUUAACUUUGUUUUUGUGGUAUGGAAGAAUUCUGUGGUUUGAUCAUCUUCGUAAACUUAUAAUCUGUAAAGUGCCAUAGACUUUUUUUUAAUUGUAGCAUAUUUAAAAAAAAUAUAUAUAUAUAUACACAAACUCGUGUGAGAUGUGCAAUACCAGGAAUGGGGUUUGUUUUUUUGUUUUAUUUUUCUUAGCUUUUGCUUUUAAACCAUAUAUUUGAAAAGGGACUUCCCAGGGAAGAAGUGGCUGAAGUUCUGGUGGUGUGGAGAAACUAAAGCAUAGAGUAAUGCAAUAGAAUCACUGAUUUUGAAGAUUAAUACAAGAAUAGUAACAGCAGCUUAAGGAUUUAACAAAAAUCUCUUCUAGUUUGAUUUGAAAUACUCAGAUUUAUGUAAUACAGACAAUUCGAAUGUGAUGCUGUGUCCAGCUCUGGCUAUAUACAAUCUAAAAGCUACAAAGGCCUAGCAAGGUUUCUGAAUGUGCUUUAUUUAUAAUGUGGCACUGCAAAAAAACAUUGCUACUGAGCUAUUUCUGGGUUGUCUGCAUCACCUUUGUAUCUGUCUUAAUCAAUAAAGUUCCCUGGAUUUUGGGAUGUUUUUUCAGCCAAAUCAUUUCCAUUUUGCAUUGUUAUCCCACAUCAGAGUCUCUCACGUCCCAGUGGUAAACACAGACGGGCUCAAGCCUUCCUGGGAAGCGGUGGGCACAGGUGCCCACCUCAGGGGCAGGACGGAGCCCAACAGAAGCAGAGUGCGGCAGCAACGUAUACACCACAGCUGCUUCGUAUAGGAAAAGCGGCUGUGGCAAUCCUGCUAGAGUAGCUUUUGAGCCAUGGUUUAUUUGUGGUACUCUUUUUCUGUUCUUGAAUCACCACUAUGUACAUUUUUUUUAGCAUGAACUAUGUACCUAAUGUGUUAUUUUUAAUCUAAAUUUCAAUUAAAAUGUGAGUUUUCAAACUUUAAAAGGAGUCUGACUACCUUACUUCAAGCAUUUUGGACAAGUUGAGCCACAGCAAGGUCGCUUUAAUUGUAGCUCUAAUAGCAUGUAAGAUCCCAGCCUGCUGAUGUUGUGUUUCAGAUUUCCAUCUCACUUCAACAAUUACUACCACUUUUACUGAUCAAAAAGUAUGUGAUCUGAAAUUGUAGCUAUCUGUUAUACAAUACAGUUGCAUUAAAGAGACUUUCCAAUUGAA